AUGCCGUCCCUUUAUGCCUUUACGAAUACCCUCGACAGCCCUCUGUUGCCUCCGCGGAUCUCGACAGCCCUCUAUGCCUUUGCGAAUACCCUCGACAGCCCUCUGUUGCCUCCGCGGAUCUCGACAGCCCUCUAUGCCUUUACGAAUACCCUCGACAGCCCUCUGUUGCCUCCGCGGAUCUCGACAGCCCUCUGUGCCUUUGCAAAUACCCUCGACAGCCCUCUGUUGCCUCCGCGGAUCUCGACAGCCCUCUAUACCUUCGCGAAUACCCUCGACAGCCCUCUGUAG